AUGGGAAGCGUCAACACCAACAGCACCAUGUCAGCCGGCCCAGCAGCGCCUCUCCAAAUGUCGAACAAGUCGAAUGCUGCCACGCCCAAGUUGAACAGCGAGGUCGAGAUGGGCAGUCUGCCUGGAGACGGCCAAGGCCAGGAGGAUGAUAUUAUGCAGGUGGCUCGGAUAGGAGACGUCCCAGCCAUGGAGAAGAUUUUCGAGUCGGGCGAAUUCGACGCGACCUACCACGACGAUGAGGGCAUCACGCCCUUACAUUGGGCUGCAAUCAACAAUCAAUAUGGGAUGUGCAAAUUCUUAAUCGAACACGGCGCCGAGAUUAACAGAAAGGGCGGCGAAUCAGUAGCAACCCCUCUCCAAUGGGCUGCUCAGCGUUGCCAUUACUAUACCGUCGAUCUACUCCUUCAGCAUGGCGCAGACCCUCUGAUUACCGACGCUCAAGGCUACAACACCCUCCACAUCUCGACCUUCAACGGCCAUGUCCUUCUCAUCGCCCUCCUUCUUCACCAGGGCAUUCCCGUCGACGUCCUGGACACUUUCGGUCAUACGGCGCUUAUGUGGUCUGCUUACAAAGGCUUUCCCCAGGUCGUCGACCUCUUUCUUCGCUGGGGCGCAAGCGUCCAUGCGACAGAUGAGCAAGGAUUUACCGCGCUGCAUUGGGCUCUGGUAAAGGGAAGCCCAGGAUGCAUCCUCAAGCUUAUUGAGUACGGCGCCGAUCGAUUUGCAAAGACACAGACGGGCAAGACUCCUGCUGUGACGGCCAGCGAGCUUAACACAGAAGUUGCGUGGCAUAGAGCACUUCAAGAAUGUGGUUUCGACGAAGACGGACAUCCCGCGGUGCCGCCAUGGCCUGGUGCUAGCUAUUUCUUGAAGGACAAGAGAACUUUCGUGACCAGAUUCCUGUUCCUCUGGCCAUUCGUUUUACUUUGGGCAAUGCUCGUCACAAUUUCGAGUGCGCCCGUGUAUAUCGGUGUGCCUCUCGGACUAGCUGUUGUCUAUGGUAUCCAGUGGGUUGCUCAGCAAGUGUUGGAGUAUGCGCCUUCAGACAUGCGACAUUUCCACAAGACGCCCUGGCUUACCGGUAUCUUUGCGGCCACUCUUUUCCUCACGGGAUUCAACUGGUUGACAACAGUUCUCUUUGCGACAACGCUGAGCGCGAGCGAAGGCCACGGCCACAGCUUUCUUAACCUCUUUUUUGCCAUCUUCUUCGGCUUCACUGUGUAUUUCUACAUCGCAUGCAUGAGAUAUGAUCCUGGAUUUGUCCCAAAGAUGAAGGGCAUCGCGGAGCAAAAGGCUGUCAUUGAUGGGCUUAUUGCGCAGUGGAAGUAUGAUGAGACCAAUUUCUGUGUUACGUGCAUGAUUCAGACUCCUCUUCGAAGCAAGCAUUGCCGUCGCUGCCAGCGAUGUGUGGCCAAGCAUGAUCAUCACUGUCCUUGGGUCUACAACUGUAUCGGUAUCAACAACCACCGACACUUCUUCUUCUACCUCAUUUCGCUUACUUUGGGUAUUGUGUCGUACGACUGGUUACUGUACUACUACUUCGAAACUGUCAGUACGAAUGCAUCAGAAACUUGCAAUGUGCUUAGCCCGUCUCUGUGCAAGUACAUCAAUGCCGACCCGUACACGGCAGUCUUGGCUGUCUGGAUUACGCUCCAACUUCUCUGGGUCACUAUGCUCUUGUUUACUCAGUUCAUUCAAGUAGCCCGGGCCAUGACCACAUAUGAGAACAUGUUUGGUGUUAGAGAUGGCACAACCCUUACUGCUCUCACAUCAACUGGCGCUCCUCUUGACCCCAACCACCCAUCUCUGUCCGCGACAACACCCUCCUCUGCUCAUUCUCAUAAGCACAAGGGCGGUAUGCUCAAGCAGUGGAGCCGUAUCCUCGGUGUCGACCCCUUCAUCGAGACCAUUACCGGCCGCGGAGCGGUAUCUGGCAAGAAUAAGCGCAAGAAGAAGAACCCCUAUAGCAGAGGCUGUAUUUCCAACUGCAAGGACUUCUGGUGUGAUCCUGCGCCCGUUUUUGGCCAGAGAGAGAACGGGUCUGCUGUGCUUGGUGGCGAGAGGGUUGACUAUACGGCUAUGUACGAGAGCCCUGGCCUGAUGCAGUUGACAGGUCGUAGAGAACGUGGAGGUUACGAAGCAGUGGGAACUGAAGAUGUCUGA